AUGCUGGCCAAGAGAGUGCUUCGAGAGGUCUGCAUCAUGCGCCGCCUCUCACACCCAUACGUCAUCCGAUUGGCGGACGUGUUCACUCGCAAGUCCACUGAGGUGCCGGGCGGAUUCGACCUCUACAUCGCCACGGAGUAUGCCUCAGGUGGCGAUCUCUAUCGGUUUAAGCAGCCGCUAACACCAGAGGAUGUGAGGCGGCUGAUAUGGCAGCUGCUGGUGGCAACUCGCUAUCUGCACUCCUGCCAUGUCUGGCACAGAGAUAUCAAGUCAGAGAACACGCUGCUCCACGCCAACACCACACUCAAACUCUGCGACUUUGGCCUCUCUAGAUCCGCCCUCGGGUCAGGGCAGCCGAUGCAGCCGCGGAGUGCGCCGGACGAGAAGGGGGCAGCGGCGGGGAGGAAGCAGCACGUGCUGCAGAGGCAGUUCACCAAGAUGGUCGUCACCCCCAGCUACCGCGCCCCUGAGGUGGUCAUGUCGCGAGGCCAGUACACAUCGGCAAUCGAUAUCUGGUCGCUCGGCUGUAUAUUCUGGGAGCUCCUAAUGCGAGCCAUGCGCCCCCAUCGACCAGGGCCCCCAUCAAGACCACUGUUUGGCAUCAGGGGCGAGCCAGUCACCCCGGAGACAGGGGAGAAGUACGUAGAUGACAAUGAAUCACCCUUAUCGGACCAGCUCGACGUGAUAUUCGAUGUCAUCGGCACGCCCUGCUGGAAGGACAUUGAGAGCGUUCCCAGCGAUGCCUGGCGGGCGUUCCUCAAGAGGCUGCCGGGGCGGGCGGGCAAUCUGGCCAAUCAAAUGGCGCCAUGUGGCGAUCCCGAGGCCGCGGAUCUGCUCCAUCGCAUGCUGGCGUUUGAUCCCUCCAGGCGGUGCACUGCAGAGGAGGCACUCGCUCACACUUAUUUCCGCAGUCUCGAGAAGCCCAUGGAGUUGCCACCCAUGGAGGCAGAGGAAACGCCCGUGUCUCUGCCGCAGGACCACCACUUCUGGCAAAUAACUGACCCUGCUAUCGCCCUGGGGCUGCUGGAGAGGGAGCUGGAGCAGGCAGCAUACGAGCCUGAUGGGGGAAAGAGGAAGCUGGAAUGGCUGCUCGAGAGAGAAGCAGAGGGGCAGCAGAGGGAGUUGGAGCAGGCAGCAUAUGAGCCGGAUGGGGGAAAGAGGAAGCUGGAGUGGCUGCUCGAGAGAGAAGCAGAGGGGCAGCAGGUGAGGGGGGCAGCAGGUAAGGAGGGCAGCAGGUAA